AUGGGGGAUGGUCAUACCUCUGUUCGCCAAGUGGGUGUGGGCCCUGACACUUGGGCAGACCUGCAGUCCUUGGCCACCCUGUGCCUGACCGGCGCGCAUCGCGCCCCCAGCCGCCGGCCGCCCCUUCAGGUUGCCAGAACCGGCACCGCAGCCUGUGAACUCGCCGCCUUGUCUUCACUCCUCCCCUCAGUCCCAUUUAAAGCCCAGAGAGCUUUACUGAAAAUUAAGCGUGCUCUCAGUUUCUACAACGCCUUUUUCCACUGCAAGAUGAACACCAUUUUGCCUUGCCAAGACCAGUACUUUGUAGGAGGCCAGAGUUAUAAUUGCCCGUAUUCCACUACAACGUCAGAAUCUAGUGUUGACGUUUCCAGGGAGACUUGGGUCUCUUUCUGGGCUGCUGGUCUCCUGGACAACAGAGAGCCCCAACAAGCACCACAGGCACAGGAAUCAUCCAGUGACUCGAAUUUCCCUGUUCUGGAGUCAUGUUCCUGGGAAGAGGACCAGCUUUCCUCUCAGCUCUACAGAAACAAGCAGCUCCAAGAUACUCUGGUACAGAAGGAAGAAGAACUUGCUAGGUUACAUGAAGAGAAUAAUCACCUCAGACAAUACCUGAAUUCCGCUUUGGUUAAAUGUCUUGAAGAAAAGGCCAAGAAAUUAUUGUCAUCAGAUGAGUUCUCCAAAGCAUGUGGGAAAUUCAGAAGGGGGAAGAGGAAACCCAAAGAGCAGAGAUACUGUUCUCUUGAUACUCCUCAUUCCAAAAAUGCCAAGAGAAACCUGUCUAGUGAAUUUGCCACCUGUGAAGAGCAACCUGGGCCCCCUGUGGACCCCUGGAUCCUUCAGACACUUGGGUUAAAAGACCUCAACACCAUUGAUGACACCGUAUCAGCUAACUACAGUGCCCUUUCGUUCCCUCCUGCAAGAAUCUCCAGCACAUUUUGUCGGUCUCCAGAAGAUGCAGUUGAUUAUGAAAAUGCUCCCAGGGAGGAUCUGCUGAUUGACUAUGAAGGUGACAGAACAACCCCCUUACAGAGCACUGCCAACCACAGGGAAGACUUUCACUUCUUUUCUCAACUUUCAAAUCCCCCUGGAGGGCUACAAACCCUUCCUUACUACACUGCUGAUGUGUCACCCAACAAGACAGACAUGGCCUUUUCCACAUCCCUGAGCCCUCAUUGUAAUGUGAAAACACAUUCCUUCCACCAGGGACAAGCCUUUGUGCGUCGAGAUGAGGAGGGAGGAUGGAAAUUUACCUGGGUCCCUAAGCAGUCUUAG